AUGUGUGACACAGACAAUAAUUCACUAACUAUAGCUCCAGCUCCAAUCGAUUGGUUAUGUCAUUUUUGUGCUUCUUUCAACCAAUUCACCGAGAAACAAUGUAAACUUUGCGGAAGUACAUUGACUCUUUCGUCUUCGAACAAGACAAAUCACGAAACAACAAAUGCAACCAGAAUAAAAACACAAUUGCAGAGAUCAAACUCUAUUACGGUUCUUUCACUCACAGCAUAUGAACAGCAACACAACGAUGAAGCUGAUGCAGAACGUCGAUUCACUGAUAUUCUUCAAUAUUGUCAGGAGAAUGGUAUAAAUUUUGUCGAUGAUCAAUUCUCACCAUCAUCCAGAUCAAUAGGCAGUGAAGAUAUGUCUGUCGUACAGUGGCUUCGCAUUCAAGAUAUUGCCGAUGAAGAAAAGAAGAAAAAAGGAUUAUGGACAGUCAUGCUCGAUCCACAAUCGGACGACAUCGAACAAGGUCAUUUAGGAGAUUGUUGGCUGAUGGCUGCAUUGGCACUGGUCACUGAGAGACCACAGAUGCUGUCACACAUACUUCUGACGCCCAUAGUUAAUCAACAAGGUAUUUAUUUAGUCCGUAUUUGUCACAAUGGAUUAUGGAAAACAGUGUUACUUGAUGAUUAUUUUCCGUGUACAGCAAGAAAACAUCUUGCCUUCACGAAGGCUAGGCGACAACAAUUAUUUGCCCCACUGAUUGAGAAGGCGUGUGCUAAAGUACAUGGAUCGUAUAGUAACUUGUGUAGAGGUUCCAUGAGAGAAGGUUUACAACUGCUUACUGGUGCUCCUUCUGAUCAAAUCACCCUAGAUCAACUAAAUGAUGAAGAUAACGAUAAUCGAGAUAUCCUGUGGACAAAACUCGUCUCAGCAUGCGAAGCUAAUCUAUUGAUUGGUGCCUCGACAGGUCGCAAGGAUGUUUCCAAAGCUGACUACGACAGAGUUCAUCUUAAUAGACAUCAUGUGUACUCUGUUCGAAUGACUCAUGCCAUCUCAUCCAACGAACGAUUUAUCCUAUUGAGAAAUCCACAUGCUCGAUCGAAUUAUACAGACGAUAACAUAACGACUCAAGUAUUUCAACGUCUUCAAAAUGUGAAUAGAGUUGAUCCAUCGGCUGGUUCCUUCUGGAUGUCAUGGAGAGCAUUUCGACGAUUUUUUGCUGAUUUGACCAUCUGUUCUUAUCGGGAUAAUUUAUUCGAUGUCAGACUGGAGGGCCAAUUCACUCCACAUGCAGCACAUUCAGUACAAGCAUACUACUUCUAUUUAGACAGAUCUUCGACGAUAACAGUUGGUCUAUUUCACCAACGUUCCGAUCGAAAACGCGUUUAUGCUAAUCAUACCCAAUCAUUUGUACUUUGCAAUAUUGUUGAAAACAGUCGUAUCGGUGAUCAAUACGCCAUAUUGUGUAGUCGCCGCAAACAGCACACUCAUUGGACAGCACGUCUUGUUGCAACAAGUCGAAUAACAAUUAGUUCUUCGAAAAUUAUAACUAAUUAUCAUCGUAAUUUUCUUCGAAAUUUCUCAUCACAAUCCAAUGAUAAUAUUCAUCAAUCUAAAAUUCCUUUAGCUAAUAUAAAUAAAGGAGAAGAAUCUAAACGAAUGGGAAUUCAAUUUACGUGUAAAGUAUGUGAUCAUAGAUUACAAAAAACUUUUACUCGUCAAUCGUAUGAACAAGGAGUUGUUAUUAUUCGAUGUGAUUCAUGUUCAAGUCUUCAUUUAAUUGCCGAUAAUCUAGGUUGGUUUAAAGAUUUAACACAAAAUGGAAAAUUCAAAAAUAUUGCCCAAAUGCUUCAAGCAAAAGGUGAAACAAUACAUCGUGUAACUGUUACUCCAACUACUGAUGAAUCAAUAUUAAACGAAGAAAAAAUGACAGACAAAACAAAAACUGUAGCAAAAAUGAAUUCAAAUUUAAUUAAAGAAUUUAAUCGUUAUAGAGAAGAAAAUACUGAAUUAAUGAAUAGAUUUAAUGAACUUCAUAAACAAAUAAAAAAACAAAGAAUAAAUUCAUACGAAGAUCUUCAACAAGUUAAUCAACAUGCAGCUCAAACUAUUGUAAAACUUGCAUCAAAUACUAAACCAUUUCGAUUAGGUGGACGUGCUUUUGGUUUUUAUGGUUUAACAUCAACAGGAAAAAGUACAAUAAUUAAUAAAUUACUUGGAUAUGAUUUAUCUGACAAAGAUGCUGGUAAAACAACAAAAGAAAUUCAACGUUAUGAAGGACAAAAUUGUCGUCUAUUUGAUAUUCCUGAUAAAAAUGAUGAUAUGUCUUAUUUUACUAUGGAAUAUAUUGCUUUUUGGAAAGGAUUGACAAAAAUAUUAGUAUUAAUAACAACAACAAUUACAGAAAUGACAAAUGUUUUUCAUCUUCUUGAUGCGCUUAAUCUUCGAUAUGAUAUUGUUAUCAAUAAAUUUGAUUUAGUACCUAUUGAAAAAAGACAAGAGUUUAAAAAAAAAAUAAAUCAACAAAUUUGUGAAUCUGAACUUCAAGGUGUUGAUCAUGUUUGGUAUGUUAGUGCACUUAAUCCAAAUCAAUGUCCUGAUUGGUUGACUUUAGUUAAUUCAUUAACUUAUCGUCCAGAAAAUGUUUUUAAUGAUUAUGAUUCCGUCGAUGAUUUUUUUUAUGAAUAA